UGCUGGGUCUCUGCUUGUUGUGGCGUUCCCUUCCUCCGCACCCGUCCGUCCGUGCUGCCGCUGGAGUUAGCUAGGAACUAAAGGAAGGUCUGUCAUUCGUGACAGCCGGGCCGACCGUCCUUUUCAACUUUUCCAAGCCCAGGUUGUGCCUGAGGAGCUCGGGGGGUGUUUUAUCUAUAUUUUCGAUGCAUGGGAGUGCCCUGGGAGAGGCGAAGGGAGAAGACAGCGCUGGUGGUCCUGACUGUUCAGCAGGAUGAGUGAGGCGGAGGGGCAGUUCUACAGUGUUCAGGUGGUGGACUCCACCUUCACUGUACUCAGGCGCUACCAGCAGCUGCGGCCCAUUGGCUCUGGCGCCCAAGGCAUUGUUUGCUCUGCUCUAGAUACGGUCCUCAGUAUACCAGUGGCAGUGAAAAAGCUGUGUCGGCCCUUUCAGAACCAGACCCACGCUAAGCGCGCCUACAGGGAGCUGGUGCUGCUCAAAUGUGUCAACCACAAAAAUAUCAUCCGUCUGAUCAAUGUAUUCACGCCUCAGAAGUCCCUGGAGGAAUUUCAGGAUCUGUAUCUGGUGAUGGAGCUAAUGGAUGCCAGCCUAUGCCAGGUGAUCCAUAUGGACCUAGACCACGAGAGGAUGUCCUACCUGCUAUACCAGAUCCUUUGUGGAAUCAGGCACCUGCACUCUGCUGGCAUAAUCCACAGGGAUCUGAAGCCCAGUAACAUUGUGGUUAAGUCAGAUUGCACACUAAAGAUCUUGGACUUUGGCUUAGCUAGGACAGCCUGCACUAAUUUCAUGAUGACCCCGUACGUGGUGACCAGAUAUUACCGUGCCCCGGAGGUCAUUCUCGGUAUGAAGUACAAGGAAAAUGUGGACCUGUGGUCAGUUGGCUGCAUAAUGGCUGAAAUGAUUUCUCACAAAGUCCUCUUUCCUGGAAAGGACUACAUCGACCAGUGGAAUAAGGUGAUUGAGAUUCUGGGCACACCCAGUCUAGAGUUUAUGAACCGACUGAUGGAGACUGUGAGGAACUAUGUGAUGAACAAGCCACAGUAUCCUGGCGUCAGCUUUGCCGAGCUUUUCCCAGACUGGGCCUUCCCUUCUGAGUCAGAACAUGACAAAUUGAAGACAAGUCAAGCACGGGACUUGCUUUCCAAAAUGCUAGUCAUUGAUCCCGAGUGCCGCAUAUCUGUAGAAGAAGCUCUUAAUCACCCCUACAUUCACGUGUGGUACGACCCGGCAGAGGCCGACGCGCCUCCUCCACAGAUUUCUGACAAGCAGUUGGAAGAGAGAGAGCACACUAUUGAGCAGUGGAAAGAACUUAUUUAUGAAGAGGUGAUUGACUGGGAGGAGAGGAACAAGAAUGGUUUAAUGAAAGAAGAUUGCUCAGAUGUGGUGUCAGGUUCGGCCUCCCAGUCCUCUUCAGCCAACGAUAUCUCGUCCAUGUCCACAGAGCAAACCCUGGCCUCAGACACAGACAGCAGCAGCAUCGACACACUGACAGGACCUCUGGACGAGAAUCACUGAACACAGACAUUUUCCACACAUCUCUCUCUGUCUGCCUGCCUGCCAUCUCCAGUUUUCGCUCUCCAAACAUCAGUAGCCCUUUUCAGACAUGGAAUAUGUAACAUUGGUGAAGUCAGCAAUCUGUUAAAGUGACAGCACAAUCUUUCAGACAUCGGUCAGUUUUACAUCGGUGUUUUCAUGGAUUCAAACCAACAAACAUGACAUGCCUGAAUACUGUCAGCAUUGCCUUUAGUUAAGCGGAAACACAUUCUUGAGCGAGUUGUUCUCAAACAGGGGUACUCUGUGCGUGCGUGCGCUGCUGAGAAAAACCUUCCCACACAGGCUCCAAAACAAAUCUCUUUCUUCAUGAGUGGGAAUAAUGAAAAUGAGGAAUGUUUUAAUCUUAUUGCAAACCAAGUUUAUGAGCUAAAAUGUUAAUAUGCACAUAUUUUAUUGUUUAGGGCGUUCUCUUGUGAGCUGAGCAACUCACAAAGACGCGUUCGCGGCACACCUUUUGGUGUUCGUUACCGUUAAUGUCCUGCAUGCUCUUAGUCUUGUGCCGUGCUGGAAGUGUUACGUAACUGUUACGAGGUCUGACCCAGGAGAUUUGCCAUCACAGGUUUGAAUACAUGAAGCAAACAUGUUCAGACACCGUCAGGAGAGGGUACAUGUCUGAAAGGGGCUUAACAGCCAUCAUCAUCCUUUCUUUUCUUUGUUUUUUAACUCCACAUACACUUGUUCUGUCCCUUUAUGUCUUUAGUUUUUUCUCUUUAGUCUCAAUGGACAGGUUUAUUUUUCUAAUUUGUUACCCGCUCUGUCGUUGGAACUGCUGCCUGCAGGUAAAAGAUACCUGUGCUCUCUGUUUUCUCCAUUGUUUUACUUGAUCACCUGCCUAUAUGCGGUAUAUGCAUCCAUAUUGAUUUGCCAGUAGUAGGUGGGGGAGUCGUUUGUUUUUGUACGCCUGUAUUUUAAAAGUUUUAUUUUUUUAGCAAUUCGAGACCAGAGGUCAUCGUCAUGAAAUCGGGGCAGGCAAGCAUCCCACUGCGACCUGCUCUAGUGCAUGUUACGCCACAAAGAACAAAAGCUUACCAUAAACUGAUGGCAUCAAUCGUGAUCAAACACUGAUCAAAAGUUUCAUCAAAAGUAUUGCAGAUCUCUACAGCGGUGCGUUCUGCACAGUGUUUUUGUUUUUAAUUGAAUAAUUAAUUGGCUUGAGUGAUGUUGGUUUUAAGCUUUUCCCCAUGACAGCGAGGGGAAGCUGUGAUUGCAGUGUUACUGUUUAUUUCCCGAUACAAUGUACUGUAUGUAAAGAUGUCACUCAUAGUGGCUGUAGACCCUUUCAUUACAAAUAGAUAGGAUGUGCUUGUUUGGUUAAGAAAUUCAACAUGUCUGUGGAGCUACAUAUAUCUAUAUCUAUAUAUAUAUAUUGCAAUCACCCUUAUUUGACUUACGGUACUGACUAUCAGUGUGUACAUCAAAAAAAAGAAAAAUCGUAAUCCUGUACAUCCGGAAGAGGCAAAACAAGAUACUUGUAUUUAUUUUUGUGUGUUCUUGCAGAGUGUUGCACACAACCACAGUGACGCCCGUGGGAAUUAAGCCUCUUGUCAAAACGUUUCAUUGACAAAUGUGUGGACUGCUCCCUUUUGUCUUUUUUUCUGUCUCUCUUUUUUUUUUUUUUUUUUUUAAACCAUUCCAUUAGUGCUGGAAAAGUUACACAAUGAAUCAUGAAAUCAGACGACACGUUUUAACCUGCAUGAAGGCUUCACACCUGUAAGAAAUUGUAGUUCUUGCUAUACAAAGAAAUGCAUUCAAGAGCAUUCUUUCACUCACAGUACGUUUCCGUUCUUAGUUCAGAAAGCUUUUAGAGUUAGGGAGCUGUUGUAGUUUUACGAGGGUUUGUUUUUUGUUGUUGUUGUUGUUUUGGGUUUUUUGGCCUUACAUGUGUGUUGUAUGUUUUAUGAGAAAAUGCUGUGCAGCACUCGUCCUUAUUUUUCUCCUUUGGAUAAUCUGACCCAGCUGUCCAGGUUUUUUAAAAGUUCCCAGAGAGAAAGCAGACAUGCUGUGGUUUAAGCGUGGGUGAGACUGUGGAGUCCUGAGUUCAACUGAAAGAAAGAUAAACCUUGAAAAUGGACUGUGCAGAUACUGCGCCCCCCACUUUGUUCUUUUUUUUUUAAACUUUUUUUUCAUAACUGAUUGCACAUGUGAUGGACAUGCAGAAAGAAGACACUAUGGAGAACUUAUGCACUAUGUUGUACACAACCAUGACCUUAUUCUUUCAGUCAUGCCUUAAAUGACCUGAGGAGUGGCCAUCCAACUCUCCAAAUCUUAGCAGAUAAGGACUGAGCAUCACGUUGCUCAGGUUAUCUCAUGUGUUUCCUAUGUUUUUAAAAGAAAAUACUCCAUUGUAUACACUGUACAUCUCGGUUUGUUCCUCCUUUUAUUUCCAGAGAUGUCCUCUGUGAUUGCAAUGACCACAAUAUGACCUUUUGGCCAACAUCUUUUGCCCAUACUCAGCUAAUAAAGUGGACAUCAGUGAUUA